CUUGUAGCAUCCAAUAGAGGACAUCUAUGUUCAAUAAAAUAUCUAAUUACGAAACAGAUGUGGACGACCCUGUGGUGUCUUUUAUCUCGACCCUGUGAUUUCUUUUAUCUCGAGUUCACAGGGAUAUAUUAAAUCAACAUAUGAAUGAAAAUUAUUAUUGUUAAUAAAUAAAACGUCGUUGAUACAUCUAAAUGUCGAGUUGAGGGAUAACACAAGAAAUAUUUUCUUAUGUAGAAGUUUGUUUUUAAUAAAUUCUACCUCGUAAUAAUAUUAAAACAGGUCAGCUAUUAGAAGAUCACAAUCCGUGCACAUAGGAAUUCCAACAGAUUGUUGGAAAACUUGAUCACCAAAGACAACGUAAAUAUUGUCAAUGUGGAACUCCAUCAUUUAUUAGCUUCAGAGUACUUAUGAGUAGAAUUAGAGUGAUGUUUAACAAAGUACAUAGUGUAAUUAAUCACUAGAUAUAAAUAUUUCGUUUUUUCAUUUUUUUUUUCAAUUUCCUUAUCUAAAACAUCAAGCACUUAUAACCAGGAAGUAUAUAAACAAAAUCGAGAGUUCUCCUCCAGUCUGGUGAAGAUAAGUACGAGACCAUUGAUUUCGUGUUCAUCAACGGUGAUCUGGGCGGUGACCGGAUGUAAAAGAAGAGACACACAAUGGCCGAGCGAACAAUCCAAGCACAGGAGGUCAUCACCUGUGACCUCUGUACCAAGCCAACCAUAAAUUUCUGCAACAGCUGUCAAGUCAGUUUGUGUGCAGAUUGCAUCAAUAAACAUGUGGAGAAGUUCGACUCCCUACCACAUGACAUCGUUCCUUUCAAAGACAGAAAUGUGGCUUUUCCAGAGUGUGAAUUUCACACCAACCAGAGAUGUGGGGCCUACUGCCAACAAUGUGAUGUUUCAAUUUGUCUGAAAUGCAUUCUUGGUCCCCAUAAUGGACACAAAGUCAAGAAUAUGCCGGAAAGUUUUAAUAACAGGAAAAGGGAAAUAGAAAAAGAAACCAAAGAAAUUGAAUUAACAAUUAUUCCGCAGUACGAGAAGAAAAGUAAAGAAACAGAAAGCAAAUUAUCCAUUACAAGGGCCGAAUGUGAUGAACUGGAAACUGAAAAGGAAAAACAGAGAAAAAUCUGGCACCAAGAAGUAGACACCAUUUUCAAUACACUUGGGUCCUUGAUCAAAUCAAUGAAAGAAAAUAACCUCGAUGCUCUCAAGUCCUAUCAAUCCAAAAUAAAUAACUCUAUUCCAGACAUGAUCCAAACUCUUCAUCAAAAUAAAAUCAUUAUGAAAUCAAAAAAAGUGUCUGAAGUCACCAACUACAAAUCCAAACUCGCGGAAUACAAGAACAUGCCUAUUGAUAUUGAUGUCGAACUGCCAUCACUGAAAACCAACACAGUCCAAGGGAGAGAAAUCAGUCUGGAAUUGGGAGAAUACAAGGCUUGCCUGACACAGACAACACUGUCCAGUCUGACAGAGGAAGUCUCCAAUUUAUCAUUACAGAAUCUGUUAGACCAAGCCAAAUCAAUUACAACCAUUUCUACUGGAGUUAAUCCUCUAUACAAUGUUGCCUAUGUGGGAGUAGAUGAAGCCUGGGUUAGUGGCAAAGAUAAAACAAUAAGUCGAGUUGACAUACAAGGGUCUGUACGGGACACUGUCACCACCACAUGUAUCUGGCCUGCUGACAUCACAGUGACCAGACAGGGAGAACUGGUAUACAGUGAUGGUGACAGUAGAACAGUGAACAUUGUCAGACACAAGGGAACAGAGACACUGAUAACCACACCACUGGGCUGGAAACCAGAUAGACUAUGCUCUACUAAGUCAGGGGACAUCCUGGUCAGUAUGUUUACUACUGAUUAUAGCCAAAAUAAAAUUGUCCGUUAUCAGGGACACACAGUGAAACAGGAAAUAGAUAGAGAUGAAGAUGGAGAACCAAUUUAUAAAGGAGGAGAAGAGUCACUGCAUGUGGUGGAGAACAACAAUGAAGACAUCUGUGCAUCUGACGCUAAUGAUUACACCGUCGUCGUGGUGAACAAGUCAGGAAGAGUCCGAUUCCGAUACGAUGGUACACCAGCCAGGAGGAAAGAGUUAUUUAAUCCUACACAUAUAGUGACAGAUUCCAUGAGUCAGAUCAUCGUGGCAGAUCUCAACGAUGCAUGUUUACACAUCCUGGAUCAGAACGGACAGUUCCUGAGAUGUGUGGACAAUUGUGGACUCGAUAAACCUCGUGGACUGAGUGUGGACAGUGAGGAAAGGCUGUGGGUAGGGUUGCUUUAUUCAGGAGAAGUGAAAGUGAUUCAGUACAUGAAAUAAACAUGCAUUGUUUACAACAUGCAGUGUAUAGACAUCAGAUGAGAACAAACAAUGCAUUAAUUCACUGAGACAUUUAAAGCAUAAUCAAGUUGUAACUGAAAGUAUUGGCACGAGAACUUCAUUUUACAUCUCCUUGGUUAUGUAAAUGAUCUAUUAAAUUGAGAAUUUGCAAAAUCAAAUUCAUACGGACAACCCGAAAGAAUCACAAAUACUCGUGUAAAACACAAAUUGUGAAUAGGUAUUAAAAAAUAUCAGACCCCCU